UUAUUUCAUAUAUAUAAAUUUCCCUUCAUAUUGACAUUUGUCAACACUUAAGGCCAUUAUUCGCGUAUAUUUUGUGUCGACAUUUCCCAGCAGUCGAUAAUCGUUUUCACUUACUGACAACGUUUGUUUGUACCACAUAGUGGAUAAUUUCAUAAUUUCUCAUAAAUAGAAUAUUAAUCAGUGUUUAUAUAUCAAUAGAUUUAUUAAACAUUUCAAUGGGUUCCUCUUCUGGUAAAAAGCAUAAAAAAGAUAAGAAGCACAAGUAUAUAUGCAACGAUGAUGAGGAAGACAGCAGUAGCAGACAUAGACACCACAAGCACAAAAAACAUAAAGAACAUAAACAUAAGCAUCAUAAACGUCGCAGAAGUCCUAGUAAGGACGAACGUUACGCCGAAGUUAUUGCAGUGCAGGAAUCGGACUCGGAUAGUUCGGAUUGUGUGGAAGUACCUGUCGAUUCACAACUAAUCAAAAGUGGAGAAAGAGAAUUAGAACACAAUAGCUCAAAGUCAUCUGACAAUCGCGAACGUCGUUAUCAACGUGACCGUGCCGAAAAUGCUGAAGAUAUAGAAAGAAUACGUGAAAGAAAGCAAGAACGCGAACGUGAACGGGAGCGGGAACGUGAGCGAGAACGUGAACGUGAACGCGAUCGAGAACGCGAGCGUGAACGUGAGUAUGAACGUCAAAAAGAAAAAGAGCGCAUACAGUAUGAAAAAGAGCGUGAACGAGAAAUAGAGCGCAAUAAACGUGAUAAGGAACUGGAGCGAGAGUUUCUUGAAAGGGAAAGAGAAAGAAAGGAGCGUAUUGAACGUGAACGUAACAGGGAUCGUUAUGAUCGUGAUAAGGAACGCGAAAAAGAACGUACUGACCGCGAUCGCUAUGCACGUGAAAGAGAUCAUGACAAUGGACGUCUAAAUGAAGAAGACAAUAACAAUGAACGAGGCCAUGACCGAAAACGUGAACGGGAACGUGAACGCGAUAGAGAACGAGAACGCGUGCGUGAAAGAUCACGUUCAAAAUCACCCAUACCAGAAAAUGGUGCUGGUGAUUGUCUUUCAAUUGAGGAAACUAAUAAGUUGCGUGCAAAAUUAGGUUUAAAACCGCUCGAUAUAACUCCAACAGUAACCAAACCUACAACAACAAGCCAUGCUGAUGAUGAAAAUAAUAGUUAUGCGGAAGAGAACGGGUCCACAUUUAUAGAUGAAUGGGGUGAAUUUUUACACAAACCCGCUGUUAAUUUAAGCGAAAAGGCACAAGUUGAAAAAAUACGUGAGAAAUUAAAAGAACGCAAAGAGAAACGUUUUAUCGAACAACGUUUGGCACAUAUUAAAACACUUGGCGAGUCGGAUGAAGAAGUGGAUGAUGUUUCCAAAUGGGUACAGCGCAAUAAACGUGUAGUUGAUUCAAGGAGAGAAGCCGAUAAACGGGCUAAAUUGCUUGAGGAAAUGGAUGCUGCAUUUGGUGUGGACAACUUAAUUGAAGACGAAAAGAAACGCUCCAUGAAUAAAGCCUAUGGUGAUAAACAGUUGAAAGGAUUACGGGUGGAUCAUGAUAUGGAUGAUUUCUCCGAAGGGAAGACUGUUAUAUUGACAUUAAAGGAUAAUGAUGUUCUGAAUGAGAAAGAUGGUGACACUUUGAUUAAUGUUAAUAUGAUUGAUGAUGAACGUUAUCGUAGAAAUGUGCAUAAUAAAAAACUACAUCCGCUUAGUUAUGGCUAUGAUGUCUAUGAAGAACAGUACGAUCAAUUCGGUAAUCCUAUUGAACGUAAUAUCUUAGAAAAAUAUGAUGAGGAUUUAGAUGGUAAGAAAUUAAAGAAAAAGAAUUUUGUUAUCGGCGAAAAUCUAGCACAGGAGCAGGAGCAUCGUAGAAAAUUAUUGGAAAUUAAAACAAAGUUAGCUGGAAAACGUUUGGAAACUUUAGAUGAUACUAGAAUUACUUUAGCAUCAGAUACAUUCUCUGAAAUUGAAAUUGCAAAAUUCAAAAAGCCGAAAAAGAAAGUUAAAAAACUGCGACAGAAAUUAAAAGCGGAAGAUCUUUUACCAUUAACUGAGGAACCUGUGGAGCGAAAUUUUGGUAGUCGUAAACGCAGACAUGAUUCGGAUGAGGAAUUAGACACUAAAGAGGAUAUAAAUGUAAAACUAGAGGAAGAUGAUAAAGAUGAUAUAGAAUGGGCUAUAAAUAAAGCACGUAAAUUAAAACAAAACGAAAAUAUUAUUAAAAAACCAUUAUCAAUCGAUUUGGAGCAGCUUAAAACUCAAAUUAAAACGGAGCCAGAUGAAGAAGAAGAAGAAGAAGACAGUUCGAAUAAUUUAAAAACUGCUGACGGUAAUAUUGUGUUAAAUGCUACGGCUGAAUUUUGUCGUACGCUGGGUGAUAUACCAACAUACGGUAUGGCUGGUAAUCGUGAUACUGAUGCUAAUGAAUUGAUGGAUUUCGAUAUAAUUGACACAAUCGACGAAAAAGUUGUCAAUAAUCCAAAAGAAACAGGUUUAACUCAUGGAACUUGGAAUUCUGUUAAUCCAGAGGAUGCAAUGCGGCCAGUUGAAUUUGAUGAAGUUAUUGAAGAACUUGAAGAAGUACAAAUCUUAGAUGAGGAACCUGACGUAGGUGCAGGUGUUGCAAAUGCUUUACGUUUAGCUUUAUCAAAGGGUUAUUUGGAAAAGGAAGAACACAAUCGUCCAAGUAAUUCUAAAAUGUCACAUUUACAAGCGAAAAAUUAUUCAAUCGAAGACAAAAAUAUGGGUGAGGAUGAUAAAUAUGGUAGGCGAGAUCGUUUUCACUCGGGUCCUAUUAUGGAUUUCAAAGACAAAGAUAAUUUCAAACCAAAUGUAAAACUGGAGUAUAUCGAUGAUAAUGGUCGCGUUCUUAAUUUAAAGGAAGCUUUCCGGUAUCUAUCACAUAAGUUCCAUGGCAAAGGUCCUGGUAAAAAUAAGAUAGAAAAGAGAUUGAAAAAAAUGGAACAAGAAGGCUUAAUGAAAACAAUGAGCUCUACAGACACUCCGCUUGGUACACUAACAAUGUUACAACAAAAGCAAAAAGAAACGAAAGCACCAUUUGUUAUUUUGAGUGGUGGCAAACAAACUGCAGUUACUGUUACAACAAAUCCUCCUACAAUAUCUAAAUUUAAAUAAAUAACUUAGCAAUGAAAUGAUUAUAUAAAACUUAACUCAAUUAAGAAGUAAUUAGUAGAAAUAGUUAGUAGAUUACAUAUUACUAAAUACAAUAUCCAUACAUUUAUACAUUUAGAAUCCUUGCCUCCACGGUGUA